UGGCGGCAGUGUUAGUCAACUCAAGCUCCUCCCAUGUGCUCGUGCGCUCCUUCCUCCUCACUUCCUCUCUUCAAACCGCGCCUGUGAAUGGGGCUGGCGGUCUACAGCCCCGAAAGAAAACACCAUGUAAAAGUAUAAAAAGUACACAGAACGCAAACUAUUGAUUUUUCCUCAUUAUUAGUUCCGUCAGUCCACGCGUCGGGGGCAACGCUUGCAUUUUGGAAGAGAGCGUGAGUGAGGGAACAGAUUAAUCCCGUGCAAGUAGGUAGCAGACAGAUACCAUGCAGAUAAGUGAUGGCCCCAGUUACUUCCCGGUCUUUGUGGCCCCGCCCACCGUUAACCACCGGUCGCCAGGAUUCGUCCCCGGCAGGGUCGUACCUGUCCACUCCCCGCCUCCAACUAAGGCCCCACCCCCUCCCCCCCUGAAGCCCAUUGGCCCACCUCCUGAGCGCCGGGCGACCUUUAGCCUAUCAGAGAAUGGCCACCGCCUAGAGCUUGGUCAGAGGAAGAGGAAUACUUUAAUAUGCUUCGGUGUCUCAAUGGGGGCCUUCUUCUUCUCGAUCAUCCUCAUCCACAGCCUCACCAGUGGAGACGUGUUGGAUGGGAACUGUCCAGACCACAGCACCUCCCUGAGCAGCUGGAACCCUGGUCACAACCCAGAGAAGGCCAUGGUCGUUCAGAGGGGAGAUCUGUUUCGAUUGGACUCUUCUGCCACCUUAUACUCCCUAACCAUCCAAUCAGGAGGCCGAGUGGUCUUUGCAGACAAUGCUGAGGGCUCCAAAAACAUCACUCUCAGAACGCGCCAUGUGCUGAUUGAAGACGGGGGUUCACUGCACAUCGGUGCCCCCAAAUGCCGCUACCGCUCCAAGGCCACAAUCGCCCUGCUGGGCCGUUCAGACGAAAAGGCAGUCGCGGAAGUACCGGAAUUGGGCCGGAAGUUCAUCGGGGUGCGUGGUGGUGCAACCCUGGAGAUUCACGGGACAGAAAGGCUGUCGUGGACCCUCCUGACCCGCAGCGUCUCCUCCUCAGGUCUAGCCAUGGGGGGCUAUGCCUUCCAGCGCAACUUUAGCCGUGGCAUCAACCUGCGUGUGGUGGACCAGGACACGGCCAGUGUGCUGUUCAGUGAGCGCUACGACACGCACGAGUCACGCAACGACAGCCAGCGGCUCACACAGCUGCUCCGGUCGCUGCCUGUGAGGCGCAUCGUCACGCUGGCCGUGGGAGACUCGGCUGUCAAGAGCCUGCUGGACGAGACCAAGAGAACCAUCCAGAGCCUGCUUGGUAGUACAUACGUCCAUGACCUCAAAUACAGGCAGGCCUGGGCCUUGGUAUCUGUGAUUGGUGGAGGGAACGGCUCGUGUUCAGAAGCCGUGCGGGAACAUGAGAACCAUGACACAGGAGGGAAGGCGCUGGCCCAGCAGAACUUCACCACUGUGGACGGGGUCGGCUUCUCUGUCACAGCCUACAGCGAAUGGAAGAACGGUUUUCCCAUAUCUGGCUUCCAGGUUGAUGCUGUGGACCAGGUUGUCCUGAACCUGCAAGAUGAUGUACGCACUUGGCAACCUGGGAACCAGGUUGUGGUUGCCAGUACUGACUACUCCAUGCAUCAGGCAGAGGAGUUCACCCUCCUCCCAUGCCCGAGCUGCACCAGCAGACAGGUCAGAGUUCAAGGGAGGCCCCAGUUUGGCCAUGUGGGGGAGAUUGUGGACGGGGUGGACAUGCGGGCAGAGGUAGCAAUGCUCAGCAGGAACAUACUCAUCUAUGGGGAGAUGGAAAACGCCUGCUAUGGAAACAACUGGUGCCAGUUCUUUGGCCACGACACGUACGGCGGACACAUUAAGAUAUUUGGGAAUUUUACCUCGGUGCACCUGUCCCACGUGGAGUUGAGGAACAUGGGGCAGCAGAAGAAGGGCCGCUACCCAGUCCACUUCCACCGCUGUGGGGACGUGGACCGACGAGGGGGCUACCGGGAACCAACCUACGUGGACGGCCUAUCCAUCCACCACUCCUUCUCCCGCUGCAUUACCAUCCACGCCACCAACGGCCUGCUGGUGAAGGACACUGUAGGCUAUGACACCCUGGGUCACUGUUUCUUCCUGGAGGACGGGAUAGAGCAGAGGAACACGUUCUUCCACAACCUGGGUUUGGUGACCCGACCGGGAACGCUCCUGCCCACCGAUCGCAAUGAGACCAUGUGCACCAGCAUCCGAGACAAAGUGUACAAGAACUACACCCCUUCACCGAGCAUGGAGUGCAAGGCAGUGUCUACGUUUUGGAUCGCCAACCCCAAUAAUAACCUCAUAAGCAACGCUGCUGCUGGCUCCCAGGAUGCUGGGAUAUGGUAUGUGUUCCACAGCUCUUCCACAGGGGACUCUCAUGGGCUGGUUCCAGAGACCCGGGCAGAGCUGACCCCUCUGGGGAUCUUCUACAACAACCGGGUGCACUCCAACUUUAAGGCUGGGCUCUUCAUUGAUAAAGGUGUAAAGACCACCAACGCAAGUGCUGCAGACCCCCGGGAGUACCUAUGUCUGGACAACAAUGCCAGGUUCCGUCCACAUGAGAAUGCAGACCCAAACCGGCCGCGGGUGGCUGCUCUCAUCGACACACUCAUCGCCUUCAAGAACAAUGACCUCGGAGCCUGGAUACGUGGCGGUGACAUCACCAUUCAGAACUCUGGAUUUGCAGACAAUGGGGUGGGACUCUCCUUUGCGAGUGACGGUAGCUACCCUAAGGAUGAGGGCUCCAGUCAGGAGGUGACCCAGUCUCUGUUUGUUGGAGAAAGCCGCAACCGCGGCUCCAACGGAGGCCAGAACAAGUACUGGGGCCAGGGAGGAGCAGAUGGCAAGAUGAGGACACUGCCCAGGAACAGGACAUUCCCGAUCCGUGGCUUCCAGAUCUACGAUGGUCCUGUUCGGCUCACCCAGAGCACUUUCCGAAAUUAUGUCCCGACGACGGAGCGCUUCGCCAGCGCAGUGGGCUUCAACCUGAAGAACACCUGGCAGCUCACGCCCCGCAACAACCUGUCCAAGCUCAGCUUCCGGCCCAAUGGGGGUCUGAAAGUGUUCUUCGGGCAUCCGGGCCAGUGGUUCGAGGAGAAUGACCUGGACGGGGAUAAGAACUCCAUCUUCCAUGACGUGGACGGCUCUGUGACGGGCUACAGGGACGUGUAUGUGGGCAGAGCAGACAACUACCUGAUCCGUCACCCCGACUGUGUCAACAUCACCCAGUGGAACGGGUUGGUCUGCAGUGGCACCUACUCUCAGGUGUAUAUCCAGACCCAGGGAGCUCCCAGCCUCAGUCUGUCCAUCAGUAGAGAUGAGUACCCUGAGGCUCCCCUGGUGCUGAGAGGUAUCAACAGCCAGCGGGCGCUGUCCCAGCAGUACCAGCCUAUCCUCAUGAUGAGCAAGAGCUACACCCUGCACUGGGACGGCCCGGCUCCCAGAGAGAUUGUCCUCUCCCUCAUCAACUUCAACCAAGGUGACUGGGUGCUGGUGGGCCUCUGCUACCCGCCUGAUACCACCUUCCAGGUUAUGGCUGACAUCAACGACCGCCAGAGCAACACCUUCAAUGACAUCACCGACUACGGGCCCUUGUACUCCCUCGCCGAGCUGGAGAAGAAGCCGCUGGAGAGGAAGUACUUCUUUGACCACAGUGUGGGAUUGCUGUGGCUGUAUUUGCAGGCGAGGCAGAGACGCGACGGCCACAGCUACUGCUCGGUUAAGGGCUGCGAGAGGGUGAAAGUGAUGGCCACCACGUCGUCCUCCAAACUGACCUGUAACUGCACGGCCAAGGCAUACCCCAAAUACACCAAGGCCCCCUCGGCAGUGGUCCCCAUGCCCACCCUCAGCACCCAAACUUGCAGGGACUGUGGAGCCUCCCAGCUGGUGUUUUCCAGUGACCCGUGGAACGCCUACCUCCAAACUCAGAUCAAGUCUCUCAGCAGCAAGGAGCAGCAUAGUGGAGACACACAGUCCUUCAUCACUGUGAACCGUGAGACGUUCUCCUUCACACAGCCAGGCUUCUUCCUGGUCUCUGUGGACGCCUGCUCUGGAAAAGUCACAAAGAAGUCAUCUUUCUCCAAAAUGGACUCUAAAAUGGAGCAGUAUUUUAAAACUGGAAUACCAAAGAGGUCAAUAGUGCUUCUGGGAACGCGAGGGCAGCCUGAUGGCUUAGCCGGUGUUGCACAGUAUCUGGUCCCCCUGGGCAUGGCCAAGGCAGCAGAUCUGCAGAGUAAAGAGAGCCUGGUGUUUUGGGGGUUCCAGGGUGGCUCUUCCCCCCCUCCGUGGGCCUCUAUCCUAGCUGGGCAGGGUGAGGAGGGGCUGGGGCUGCAGGAGCGCUACCUCCCCCUGGGCCUGGAGGCCUACGGCUGCACACAGACCAGCACUCGCAGAGACAUGGAGCUACUUAGGACCGCCACAGGACCAUAGUGACCAAUGAGAACACAACUUACCCAAAACACAAUCAACCAGCGAAUGAAUGUGAACUUCUAUUAUUUAUUAUUUUAUUGGCAAAGAUGUUUACUAAUUUGUGUGUGUGUGUGUGUGUGUGUGCGCUCACAUGCCUGCCUGGGUGUGGUGUAGUGGGAUGUGUGUGUGGGGCAUGGGGAGGGUCUGUAGAUGCAUGAAAAUAUGCACUUUCCUAGUCACAUGAUUUGCAAUAUCAGCCAGUCAUCUCACUGAGCCAUGAAUUCAUAUUCAGCCUUCAAUGAAAACAACCAAAAAGAUGCUGCACAUCUACCAUAUUUCAACAAAUUAGACUGGAAACAGGAAAUCAAUGGGGGGUGGAAAGCAGAUGAACAAAGUAACCACAUCAAACUGGUGUGGUCUAUCACUCCUAUCCUGUUCCCCCUGGUGGGUUUCUGUCUCAGGCCAGUCUUUGACCGGUCUGCUGCUCACCACAUCUAUAGACCAAACGCAUCAUUAAGAAGAGGACUGACAAAGCAAACCAAAGGAAAAACACUCAUUAUUCCACCUUUGUCCCCCCCCCCCCGUUUGUUUCCUUGCACGCCCCUGGGGGGGGAGUUUUGUUCAGCUACUAGAUCUGUUGAAAUGGGAUUUUACUAAACAAAUCAUCUAAGUGUAUUAGAAUGAAAAUAUUUUCUAUGGGAUUACAUUGAGACUGUUGCAUUUUCAACAACCGUUUUUUUCCCCCCAAGGAUUUGUCCUUUUUUGUAAGAUAUUUAUUUGAUCUCUAGACAGUGACACUUUCCCCAGGGCUGGCUACGCGUGUAGUGGAGAUGGGUUGUUUCUCUUCUUUUUCUUCUCAUUAUCUCAUCAUUGAAACGGUGUUUCCAACUCAUUUACCUUUUAGGAUGGUUAUGUGCACUCCCCUGCGUAUUUAUUUGGACAGUGAUGCUAAAAUGUUUCAUUUGGCUUUAUACUCCAUUUUGGAUUUGAGAUCAAAUGUUUUAUGAGGUGACUACAGAAUGUCACCUUUUAUUUGAGGGUAUUUUCGUACGUCUGUUAUGAGGGUUAGAAAUUAAUGCUCUUAAUGUACAAUAUCUAGUUCCCCCCCAUUUGAAGGUGGAUAAGUAUUUGGACAAAUUCACUUGUAGUGUAUUAAAUUUAGUCGAUAACGUUUAGUAUUUGGUCUCAUUCAUACAGUAGCACUCAAUGACUACAUCAAGUUUGUGACUACACACUUGUUGGAUGCAUUUGCAAUUUGUUUUGGUUGUGUUUUGGAUCAUGUUGUGCCCAGUAGAAACGAAUGGUAAGUAAUGUGUUAUGUCAUUUUGGAGUCACUUUUAUUCUAAAUUAGAGGUCGACCGAUUAUGAUUUUUCAACGCCGAUACCGAUUAUUGGAGGACCCAAAAAAGCCGAUACCGAUUAAUCUGACUAUUUUUUUAUUUAUUUGUAAUAAUGACAAUUACAACAAUACUGAAUGAACACUUAUUUUAACUUAAUAUAAUACAUAAAUAAAAUCAAUUUAGCCUCAAGUAAAUAAUGAAACAUGUUCAAUUUGGUUUAAAUAAUGCAAAAAAAAAGUGUUGGAGAAGAAAGUAAGUGCAAUAUGUGCUAUGUAAGAAAGCCAAUGUUUCAGUUCCUUGCUCAGAACAUGAGAACAUAUGAAAGCUGGUGGUUCCUUUUAACAUGAGUCUUCAAUAUACUAUAAUAUAGUUUUAGGUUGUAGUUAUUAUAAGAAUUAUAGGACUAUAUCCGUCUAUACCAUUUGUAUUUCAUUAACCUUUGACUAUUGGAUGUUCUUAUAGGCACUUUAGUAUUGCCAGUGUAACAGUAUAGCUUCCGUCCCUCUCCUCGCUCCUCCCUGGGCUCGAACCAGCAACACAACAACAACAGCCACCUUCGAAGCAGCGUUACCCAUGCAGAGCAAGGGGACAACUACUAGAAGGCUCAGAGCAAGUGACGUUUGAAACGCUAUUAGCUCGCGCUAACUAGCUAGCCAUUUCACUUCGGUUACACCAGCCUCAUCUCGGGAGUUGUUAGGCUUGAAGUCAUAAACAGCGCAAUGCUUGACACACAAUGAAGAGCUGCUUUCAAAACGCACGAAAGUGCUGUUUGAAUGAAUGUUUACGCGCCUGCUUCUGCCUACCACUGCUCAGUCAGAUACUUAGAUACUUGUAUGCUCAGUCAGAUUAUAUGCAACGCAGGACACGCUAGAUAAUAUCUAGUAAUAUCAUCAACCAUGUGUACUUAACUAGUGAUUAUGAUUAAUGCUAGCUAGCAACUUACCUUGGCUUACUGCAUUCGCGUAACAGGCAGUCUCCUUGUGGAGUGCAACGAGAGAAACGAGAGAGAGGCAGGUCGUUAUUGCGUUGGACUAGUUAACUGUAAGGUUGCGAGAUUGGAUCCCCCGAGCUGACAAGGUGGAAAUCUGUCGUUCUGCCCCUGAACAAGGCAGUUAACCCACCGUUCCUAGGCCGUCAGUGAAAAUAAGAAUGUGUUCUUAACUGACUUGCCUAGUUUAAAAAAUAUAUAUAUUAAAUCGGCAAAUCGGCCCUAAUUAAUCGGCCAUUCUGAUUAAUCGGUCAACCUCUAUUCUAAAUAUGUGGGGGGACUAGAUGCAUAAAUUGCAUUCAGUUCUAAACAGUAAAACAUGUAUGAAAAAUACCCUCACAUAAAAGGUGGCAUUCUGUACUGUAUCGUGAAAUAAAACAUUUGAUCUCAAAUCCAAAAUGCUGGAGUAUAAAGACAAAUUUGAAGUUUUAUCUUCCCUGUCCAAAUAAAUAUCUAUGGGAAUGUGUUGUUUAUUAUGUAUCAAUGCCUAAAGUAUGUGUUUUACAGGAGUCCGAAGGACAUUUUACAAGGUAAACAGUGCCUUAUAACGAACAGACUAGUAGUCCAUACCAAAAUCAAGGCUUACUGUACCUCUCAGGUCUCCGUAGGUGAUUUGAGCAGGGCUCCCCACUGUGGCAGUGAUUAGUGACUUUCUGGAUGUGAUUGGGAGUAUUCUUUUUAGCUGGUGAGCCAGAUUUCACAAAUAAAUUGUAGAAAAUGUGCAAACUCUGCCUACUUGUUACCCCGGGAAAACUAAAUGAAUGCAGCCAUUGUGAGCGAUUCUCUGUGAAGGAGAAGGAUCUGCUUUUUAACCACUGUUAUGUUGUAAAUAUGUUUUUUUCUUGUGCUUUCCCCCCCCCCCCCAAGAUGCACAAACCAAGAUUGAGCUCUUUUAAUACAAGUAUGUCGGUGGUGUGGAUGAAAAUAUUGAGAGGUUGUCAAUGGUGAGUGCGUGGACACAGUGUGAGAGAGUGCCUUUCAAGUUGAUGUUAGUUGUAUUUGACAUGUUGAUUCGCUACUCAUGUUGAUUCACUACUCUUCAAUCAAACCUUUUAUAUUUGACAUUUCACAUCAUUGCUCUUCUGAAAUUGGGGAGUUGAUAACCAUUUAUACUUGUAUGAUGGUGUUCUGUCAUCGUUGUUCAUGAUCUUAUUUUAGCUGAUGUAUUCAACACAAUCAAGGAUGCCUCUUCAAUGACAAAAUGUUAUGCACCAAGGAAUCCGAUUACUGUAUAGAGUACACUUAGGUUAAAGAUGGCACAAAAAAAAGGUUAGGCAGGGAGACUACCAAGAACUGUGUAUUCCUGUAAAGAUGUGUUGCCCCCCCCCAACAUUUUUUAAAUGUUGUCUAAGGCUCAUGGCAAAAUGUAAAAUUGGUAGCACUUAAUAAUAACUCCAAGCAAUAAAGCAUUUAUAAUGGAUUAGAAAA